UUUAUUUUGGGCUGGGGGCUCCUCUCCCCCGAUUGAGGUGUUUAUUUUGGGCUGGGGUCUCACCCCCGUCCCCGCUGCCCCCCCAGAUCGUGGCGUUCAAGGAGGGCGAGCAGAAGGAGAAGGAGGGGAUGCUGCGGCUCCGUCACGCCAACUCCCAGAAGGCGGCCCCGCCGCUGCCGGGCCCGGGGCCCCCGUCGUGCGUGUGCGGGCAGCCGGCAGGGCCGGGCAUGCUGCAGUGCCAGCUCUGCCGGGACUGGUUCCACGGCUCCUGCGUGGCCUGGCCCCGCCUGGGCGCCCAGAAGCCGUCGCCGGCCUGGUGGGAGUGGGACGCCAAGUUCCUGUGCCCGCUGUGCCAGCGCUCGCGGCGCCCGCGCCUCGAGACCAUCCUGGCGCUGCUGGUGGCCCUGCAGAAGCUGCCGGUGCGGCUGCCCGAGGGGGAGGCCCUGCAGUGCCUCACCGAGCGGGCCAUCACCUGGCAGGACCGCGCCAGGCAGCUCCUGGCCUCCCCCGACGUGGCCGCGCCCCUGGAGCGCCUGGCGGCCCUGAGGCACCGUCUGCACGGGGACAGCGGGGACGGGGCGCUCCGGGAGAGCAGGGGCAACGAGCAGACCAAGGUGUCGGUGGAGAACGGGGACGCCCCCAGCCCAGAGAAGAACGGCCCCCUGCCCUCGGGUGAGUGGGGCUGGGGGGCUUUGGGGGAUCCCCCCGGGCCCUGUGCGGCCCCCUGAGCCC